CAAAUGUUUACUGAAGCUAAGCAAUUUUGUCAUGGCACGUCCAGUGUUCGCCAAUUUUGAGCUGUCGUAGGAAUGUCAUCUACUGGAAUUGAAUAUAAUAGUUUUAUUUAAAAUCUAAACACAGAAAAUGGCAGACACUUUUGUGAUCACUGGAUCACGACCCCCUUCAGCAAGGACAAGGUCACGACAGAGUCAUGUGAGUUAUAGCAGACCAAAGAGUGGAUAUCAUAAAGUCGCAGAAUCUUCAGAUGCUGAUGAACUUUUGUUUGGCUCAGAAAAUUACUCAUCACACAAUCAUGUCCGUCCUACAGAUCACUUCCAACACCCAACACAAAGUUCUUACCAGCAUUCUACACAAGGAUCAAACAGCUCUCUUUGGGCCAACCCUGUUCCUGUUGUUAAGGAAAAGAAACAGCGACCUCUGUUGUGGGCUCCUUCAAAUCCAACAUCAGCAGGUUCUCAAUCCAGUCGAGAGUCAAAUUUCGCUUUGAAACCUUCUCACACUACACUUGAAUCUACCAAGACUAAAUAUCGUCAUCUAAAACACACACCCACAUUUGUAGAUGAAACUCUUUUUGGACCUCGUCUAGAGGAACCCUUAUUUGAUGCACCCUGGGAUAGCAAGAAGACAAAGCAGCCAUUUUUAUUUUCCUCAACAGACUAUACAAAAAUUACUUAUGGAGGUCAAGGGUCAGAGAGUGAGCCAUAUUCAGUUGAUGGGAGACCUCCAUCUAGACAAGGUCGAAGACCUGCAAGUACCAGAAUGAGGCCUUGUACAGUUGAGAGUGUGGGAGGUGCCAGCACGAAAACUGUGUGGAAACCCUAGCUGUGCCGGGUUACUGAUUACAGACACAAACUUUAGGUAUAUAGGGUUUGGUAUUAGGAGAGCCCUGUUAGAUCAUAGGUUUCAUAUGAAGGGAACACCAGCUGGGUUCGGUUAAAUUACAUUCCACAGAAAAUCCAGGUGGUCGGUUUUGAUCUGGGGAGCCCUCACUGCUACGUAUUCGGUAACAGAUAACAAAACCCUAGAUGUUCGAUUACUCACUUGUUAAGAAUUAAGGGUUAAGGGUUGCAUGAGUUUUAGAAUUCAGCUUCUUAGAUUUGAUGUAGCCAUGCUUUAAAUUAAUUCAUAUUUUUGGUGCAUUUAAAGUUUUAACAUAUUUUAACCAACUUUGCAGACAUACACAAACAUGAAGGACUAGUGCAAAAGUCAUCAUUAACUUUCAUGUACUUAGCCAUUUUUCUUUUCAAAGCUAUUGUUUCAUUAGCAUAUAGUGAGGAUAUCAAAUCAUUUUGUAAGUAUUUUCACAAAUAGAUUUCAUUGAAGAAGAAACUUGGAGGAAUUGAUACUGUCAUGAUAUAGUGAAUUUCCAAAGUAUAGCUGUGUCCCUCUUUCUCUCCAUCCAUCAAGAUAUCAAGUAGUCCAUAUGAUUCUGACUGAUGUAACUUGGCCCAGUUUUAUCAAAGUUCCUUAAUUUAAGGAAAUAUCUCAACUUUGAGUUUUUCUUAGAAACACAUUACUGGAUUUAAGGGUAAGCAUCUUAGUUAAGGAACUUUCCCUAAACUCUGUAAUGCUUUCCUAAGGGCAUGCAAUUUUAAGUUAAGGAAUUUCUUUCAGUUAAGGGAUUCUGAUGAAAGUGGGGCCUGUUUUUAUAUACUGUAGUAUAGUUACAAGAUGAUAAAACAGCUAUAGAUAGUCAAAAUUAUAAAGAUUUAUCUUCAAAUAAACCACUUCUAAGGGUUUGGGUUAGGUUAACCCUAAUCCUAGCUCUGAAGGGUUUGGGUUAAGUAACGUUAACUUUAACUCACAAGGGUCUGGAUUCGGUUAGGUUAACCCGAAUCCUUAGCUCUCAAGGGUUUGGGUUAGGUUAACCCGAAUCCUUAGCUCUCAAGGGUUUGGGUUAGGUUAACCCGAAUCUACUAGCUCUCAAAGGUUUGGGUUAAGUAACGUUAGCUUUAACUCUCAAGGGUUUGGGUUCGGUUACAGGUUAACCAUAACCCUAGCUCUCAAGGGCUAGCUGAACACCCUGGUAGCAUUAUGUGCUGAUAUAUUGUUCUAUCAGUCAGAGAUCUGUAUUAAGCCUCCUAUGUAGAUCCUUGAUUCAGUAUUGAUUUUGAAAUCAUUUCUGUGUUUGGAGUGUAUUCCAAUUUUAGCAUGCAUAAAUUCUGUGAAAAUAAAUUCAGAAUUUUGCAGUUCAGUAAACCAUGAAUUUUUCAUUUUUUGGGAUCAGCUAUUUGUUUGGAGUUCCAUUUGAUUUUAUUGAAUCAGUUUGAUGUAUAUAUAUAUGUACUGUAGAUACUUGUAUUGUCCGAGUAUAGCUCAUCAUAAACCUGAACAGUACAAAAAAUGUAUCUAGUGAGAGAAAUUAUUU